GCAACUAAAUCCCUAGGCAUAUCCAUCACAACACUUCGCCGGGUCUCGCAAACGUCACAACAGUUUGAUAACUUCUCUAUUCGCAAUCGACUUCGUGUAGUGAGGUUUAGGAGCUGCUCUCUAAAAAAUAUCGGUGUGGUUUAUCUACGUAGUCUUACAGGCCUCUGGGUUAGUGUUUGACUCUCGGAAAUGUUUACGGAGAGAGCCAUCGUGAUACUUAUCCUACUCAACCACCAAUUCAAGGACGUUUAUGGUGCCGGAACAUGUGCCGAUAUUCCUCAGGAUGUCUGUCCUUAUGGAGUUUCUGAGUAUACCGGUGAAUGGGUGAAAUAUGUUCCCAAGUACCUAACACGUGAUCACCCCGAGUACGACGUCAGAACACCACCGGAAGCACGUGACAAGGUUAACUUGUACUGCGCCCAUCCAGCUUGUUACUCCAAUCCAUGUCUUCAUGGAGGAAGCUGCAUGGAAGAACUUGACGGGUUCAGUUGCUCCUGUCCUGGGAUCUAUUCCGGAAUUCAGUGUGAACAACAUGCAUGUGACUCCAAUCCCUGUCUUAAUGGAGGGACAUGUGUGGAGGAGCUUCAUGGGUAUAAUUGUUCCUGUCAUGGAGGCUAUGUGGGAAUUCACUGUGAGAAGCCUGCAUGUGACUCCAAUCCUUGUCUUCAUGGAGGGACCUGUGUGGAGGAGCUUGGUGGGUAUAAUUGUUCCUGUCAUGGAGGCUAUGUGGGAAUUCACUGUGAGAAGCCUGCAUGUGACUCCAAUCCCUGUCUUAAUGGAGGGACAUGUGUGGAGGAGCUUCAUGGGUAUAAUUGUUCCUGUCAUGGAGGCUAUGUGGGAAUUCACUGUGAGAAAACUGCUUGUUACUCCAAUCCGUGUCUUCAUGGAGGAAGCUGCAUGGAAGAACUUGACGGGUUCAGUUGCUCCUGUCCUGGGAUCUAUUUUGGAAUUCAUUGUGAACAACAUGCAUGUGACUCCAAUCCCUGUCUUAAUGGAGGGACAUGUGUGGAGGAGCUUCAUGGGUAUAAUUGUUCCUGUCAUGGAGGCUAUGUGGGAAUUCACUGUGAGAAGCCUGCUUGUUACUCCAAUCCAUGUCUUCAUGGAGGAAGCUGCAUGGAAGAACUUGACGGGUUCAGUUGCUCCUGUCCUGGGAUCUAUUUUGGAAUUCAGUGUGAACAACAUGCAUGUGACUCCAAUCCUUGUCUUCAUGGAGGGGCAUGUGUGGAGGAGCUUGGUGGCUAUAAUUGUUCCUGUCAUGGAGGCUAUGUGGGAAUUCACUGUGAGAAGCCUGCAUGUGACUCCAAUCCUUGUCUUCAUGGAGGGACAUGUGUGGAGGAGCUUGGUGGCUAUAAUUGUUCCUGUCAUGGAGGCUAUGUGGGAAUUCACUGUGAGAAGCCUGUAUGUCCAGACGGAUGGGUGUAUGGAGGAACGAAGUGUUUUCUGAAAGUGGCUGGCCGAGAAUCCAACUGGACUAGUGCGCGUGACUAUUGUAACGGUCUGGACGAGGUUGUACUCGGAAACGGAAACAGAGUUGGACCAUCUCUACUCCUCAUAGAGAGCGAGGAAGAGUAUGAUCUUCUCAAACUCGGCAUAUCCGACCCUUGGUGGUUCUACUGGUUGAACUGCCAGGUUUCUGACAUGAAUAUUACUUGCUUCACAGACAGAGCCGGAAAUACAAGUGACUACCGAAGUAAGCUUGUUUGUAUAUACAGCUCAUAUAGAAAAUGUAUUCUUUCUUCUUCUGUGGUUUCAAAGCAAUGAGAGUGUAGUAUAUAAAUGCCCCCUUUUCCCAAUGGGUGCUCUAUAAUUGUAUUUUUUAAGAAAAUAGGAAUGAUAGCGGAAAAGGGGUGGGGUGAUGUCGGAACCCCUGAAAGGGUAGCUGACGAUGUCCUAGCACUUUUGUAUAUUUAUGUAGCUGAUAGAGAAAACCCAUACUUCUUUUCCAAGUGGUAUGUAGCUUUAAUUUCAGCAGCUCCCCUAGGGAGUAGGGUUCGCUAUCACAUACAUAUAAAGAAGUACCUGGCACAUCGAAGCCUACCCCCUCGAGGAGCUGCUGAAAUUAACCAACUCCUUUUGCUUAUUUGGCCUAUUUCUUGUAAAAAUUCACCAUUUUGGUUCCCUAAUUUAGGAAAAAGGGUGUUUCUGCUAUGCAAGAUUCGGUCGCAUUGUAGUCAGUAUAAUUAGUUUAACUAAGACGCGGAGGUUGCUUUUUCGUCUCGUUUUAUCGCAAUAAUCGUGUAAUACAUUUGAAGUAUCUGCCAUUUAUCUAAUCAAAUCAAUACAUUAAUACUGUCAUGAAUCAAUAUUCUCUUUUCUAUAUCCUCUUUCGUGUCAAAUGCUGAUAAUUUCAAUUUAGUUGUUUAUGUUUAAAGAGAUAGUUAUCAAUACACAUGCAAAUUUAUGACCCAAAACAUGUACAUUUGGCCAUGAUUUUUCUUUCUUUAGGGAAAAAUAUUGCCCGGAUUUUCAUUCUCACAUUAAAUUGAUUGAAACCACAAAUUCGUAAAAAAGCCUCAAAACCUGAUAUACUUAGCUUUUCAACAUGCAAUUAUCAUAGUAUUAUAAACACAACUUUGGAACAAAUAUGAUUAUAAAAAACAGACAGAGACAAUGGACACUUAAUGACUAGCUGUGAUUUGCUGUCAGGUGUCCAUGUUAGGCUCAGUAUUUUUUUUAAUUUUGUGUUCUUUUACUAAAUUUGCUUCAAUUAACGGAUGUUUCCUAAGCCUAAUUUGUUUACCUUGUCAGCCAAUCACUACUCGUCGUUUAGCGUCCACUGCGUCAGUCUCGUCUGUUUUGGUUUUAGUAUUACUUCGUGCUAGCGUUCUGUCCAUU